CUAAUAACUACGGGGGCUCAGCUGCAGCUUGAUCCACCAGCGAUACUGAUAUCCAUUCCUGCAACGGACGACACGGCCGGAACUUGGCGCUGCCUGGUCGCGAUGGACCGCAUAUCUCGCCAUAUCCGACGCGAUGCUCCUCCUCCAGGCUAUACCCAACCGCCGUUCCCGUCCCUGUUCUGGCCGCCCCAGGACUCCAAGGUCGCGCUCUACGAACUCGACGACAUCUGGAAGUUUACGCUUUACUGGACCCUCAUCCUCUAUGGCCUGUUUCAUCUUGGUGCCGUGGGUGUAGCCGUGUUGAUGCAGAUCGGCAAGAGGAGGUCUACCUGGAAAUAUCUCUGGAUUGUGCCCCUGAUCUAUGCUUUUAUCGCUGCGUGCGAAGCUGUCAUAGCCGGCAGUGUUGUUGGGCUGAUGGUCGGUGCUGGCUAUCUUGCUGGAAACUUCACCAUGUCGACCUGGGUUCCGUUUGUAUGGGGCUGGGUCAACGUCUUGGUGUUGCUGGUCGCGUCCUUCAGAAUCCAGGGCGGUCUGUAA